AUGCACGAUUUGCGCAAACAAGUGCUCCUCGAGAGCGGCAAAACGCUGUCAAAAAAGGCGAAAGCCAAGCAGGCCAUGGGCUCUGCCGCCAGCUCAAAGCAAAACUCACCCAACACCUCGAGAGCCGGCUCAAGAGUCGCCAGUCGCCAGGCCUCGGACGAUGAGGCCGAUUUCAGUGACUCGACAACGCAGUUCAGUGUCAACUCUUUCGACGAACUCCGACCCGAAGACAUCGAGGCCCCCGAGGACGCCUGGGUUGCACAAUUGAAUGAGCGUAUGGAGCAUCUCAUCGAACGCAAGAGAAGCAGUGUUCAGGGCCGCGAAGAGAGUCUCUCGGUCCUCUCUCACCUCCUCAUGGCACAUUACGCCCAACGUCACGUCCGUCCGAAGCUCAGUGAACUGGUUCCCGCUCUUGUCAAAUGCGCCAAAGGUGGUCAGUCAGACAACGAAACCGCUCUGGCGCUCAAGGCCUUGAGUCUGUUGAUCAUCACCGAGCCAUCUGACUCCAUCUACGACGCCAUGAUUCGUCCCCUCAAGGGUAUAAUAGCCUCUUCCGAGUCGUCCUCUGUCAUGGUCGCCGCCAUCCAUACUCUUGGAAUAGCCACUUUCUACGGCGGUGUCGGCCUGGAUGAAACACAAGAGAUCAUGGACUUCUACCUCGAGAUUAUCGAGUCUGACGGUCACUCUGUCGAAGCAGCUGAUGACGGAAACGUCGUAGCCGCCGCCUUGCAGGAGUGGGGCUUCCUUGCUACACAAUUCGAGGGCAUGGAAGACACAAGCGAAGAGCCGAUGGAGGCUUUCGUCGAGCAGCUCGAGUCUAGUGAUUCGAGUGUCGUAAUUGCGGCUGGUGAGAAUAUCGCUCUUCUUUUCGAAAAGAGCUGGUCAGAAUUGGAGGAAGAUGAAGAACCGGAACAGCAAGCCAACGAAGACGACGACGACGAAGAAUCAGAUCCCACUGCUAAGGGCAUGAUAAAGCGCUACACUGUGUGGCGUCAGGAGCAUCAGCUCAAGCAUACACUCAGCGCUCUCGCGCAAGCACACGGCAAACGCAUAUCUAGAAAAGACAAAAAGGAGCUACAUUCCAGCUUCGCUGACAUCCUCAACACUGUCGAACACCCGACAAGAGGCCCUCGCUACAGCAACGCUAUCGACCAGUACACCAACAAAGCAUACGGCUCGCGUAUGGUUGUCCACAUUGGCAAGAACUCAAUGAGCAUCGAUAAGUGGUGGAAGCUCCAUCGCUUGCAAUCAUUACGCCGUGCACUUCAAGGCGGGUUCAUUGUUCACUACGAGGACAACCAAGUCGUGUUCGAUUCUUUGCCUGUUAUGCUGGAUUAG